AACACAUCGCGCUCUCCUGUUGUCAAGAUAAACUGCGUUUCAAUUCUUUUCAGCUUCAGAACUGUAGUUUCAUUUCAACACUUUCGCUUUCCUCAUUUAUUCUUCGUGACGAAAGACAAAUCUAUUAAUAGUGUUGCUUUUUGUUUGUUUUUCGUUUUGAUGUGCCGGCUGCGGUCGCGUCUUCACUAAAAAUAAUGUAACCGGUAUUGAGUAGUGUUAAAUUUGGACCGGCAGGUAGCGAGGCCAAUUCAUAUUUUCGGCAUUCGUGAGAACACCUCGUAACUCGCCGAGUAUAGAACGUUGACAUUCCUUUAACAUUCUCUUUCGAAUACGUACGCUUAGUAUUAAGUUGUAACUUAAACCUUCAACAUGAGGAACAAGUACAGAAAUACAGAUUCUUCAAUUAAAGCUGGUGAUUUAAUUUUAACAGAACAGCCUUUUGCAUUUGUUUUAUCGUCUAAAGAGCAAGGAAGCCGGUGUGAUAACUGUUUAGAAAAGGGCAAAGUGCUGAAAUGUUCAGGAUGCCAGUUUGUGCACUACUGCGGCCGAUCGUGCCAGAGAGACGCGUGGGGUGAUCACAAGUGGGAAUGUGCGAACUUCAAGCGAGUAGCCCCGAAGGUCCUUCCGGAUGGCGCUCGGAUGCUGGCGAAGAUCAUAAACCGCCUGUACCGGGGCGACGGACACUCCUUCCGAUCCUUCUACUCUGGGACUUCGUUCAGAAUGUGGAAGGAUCUAAUGUCACAUUACUCAGACCUCAAAGCGGAUAAGAAGCGAAUGGAUCACUUCACUUCGCUCUGCGUUGUGUUGUACGAGUUCCUAAAAGACAUAUCUUUGCCGAACACCGUGGAAAUGAUGGGGCUAUAUGGGCGGAUGGUGAUCAACAGCUUCAUGAUACUAGACAUAGACAUGAACUCGAUAGGCACAGGCAUUUACCUGGCAUCGUCCAUCUUGGACCACAGCUGUUCUCCAAACGCCGUGGCGACCUUCGAUGGCAAGACCAUCAACAUCAGAGCCAUACAGGAUAUGCCUUGCUUGGAUUGGAAUCAGAUGCGAAUCUCUUACAUAGACUUGAUGAAGACCCCGUAUGACCGUCAGACGGAGCUGCUUCAGAACUACUACUUCCUGUGCCAGUGUGACAGGUGCAUGGAUGAAAAACAGAUAAAACACGUGCAUGGCGCGAUAUGUCUCAACAAACAAUGCGAAGAACCUGUCACUAUACCGUGGAAGGAAAACUGUCAAGUUGUCAGAAUACCAACGACGAAAAGCGAAGGCAAUGGAAUCUCAACAGACAGCCAAAACGGCGAAGAAAGUACAAUAAGUUUGAAUACCAAAGAUGUUAUAGAAAACGGUGAAGAUAAGGACACGGUGCAUUGUAAAGAGUGUGGCACGAAAUAUACGGAUAAGCAUGUCGAUGUGUUUGUGAAGACGAUGGAGUUUACGCACGUGCAUUUACAGAAUAUGGAGAGGGCGUCCGUGGCUUAUGUGGACGUAUGCCAGUACUGUCUGGACAGACAAGAAGGCGUGCUACAUCCGUUGAACGUGAUGCACGCGCAGACCUUAGACCACGCUUUCGACGCGCUCAUACAAGUGCAGCUGUGGGAGAAAGCCUGUGUGUAUGCCGAGAAACUUAUACGCUGUUUUAGGUUCUACUAUGGCGACAGGAAUCCGCUGUUAGGCCUUCUACACUUAAAGUACGGGAAGAUUUUACUAUACAAAAUGGAAGUUCAGCAAGCAUUAGCCCAGCUAAAGAGUGCCGAAAAGAUAAUCAAAAUGACUCACGGAGACAGACACCCGUUAUAUAAGGAACAAUUAAUGCCUUUAUUACAACAAGCAAUAAUGGAAUCGUGAAUAAUAUAGGGUAAUUAACUUUAUGUAUUCGGUCUGAGAGCCUACCACCGCCUUAUAGGACAAUAGUCAAGUAUAGUUACCGGCACGGAUCUUGAGCGCUCGGCGGAAGAGUGGGGAUCACUUUGCAAUCGUUCACUCAUGACAAAAUAAAACGCCAAUCUGGAGCCGUCUUGAGGUGCAUUCAACUGCAGCAAAGAACGAACUUCAACGAAUCCGUCACGUCGGCUAUGACGCGAUGCGCUGCGGGAAAAUCACUCUAUCCGCUUAAUCACUUUAUCCGCCCCGCGCCUCACUUCAUAUCGCAAAAGGGACACAAAAUAUCACUUCUGCGCAGGUGAAGGUCAGCGCUCAAGAUCCGUGCCGGUAACUAUACACACUAUGACGUCACGAUGUCUGUAUCACUGUCAAGCAGAAUGAAAGAGAUAGCAUGACAACGUGUGACUUAUAUCAUAGUGUUGUUGAAUACAGUACCUUUUUCGGGGUUGAAAACAACUUAUGAUGUGAAUAACUGAAUGAUAAACUGGUAAUAUUUGUAAAUACAAGUAUAAUAAGUUCAAAUUGAAAAAUGGAAAUAGUCAAUUCACCACUAAUGAAUUAACAAAACAUUGUUGUUCACCUUAUCAGUAACAAAACACCCCGAACUUAUAGUACUUGUAGGUCUGAAUGAAGUUGUGGAAGCGAGAUGCCGCUAUAUCCUCUAUUUCGCCAUCCCCCUUCCACAGCUUCAAAGAUGGUGGUAGUCCCUCUGAUUUAUUUAAAAACAAAAUCCUUUUCGAGGACAUGCCAAUGAGAUACAGCCAGUAGUUUUGAGAUCUUUGUAGGCUUUAAGUUUCUAGACAGUCUGCAGUAGUGGGGAGGAAUAGAAGUGGAAAAUUAAUAGUGCCUUUUCACCUCUGAUUUUUUAUAGGUACUUUUUUGUCUAUAUUGCAUAUAAACUGCAUAAAUGCAUAUUUUUAUGAUGACCAAAAACUCGAUUUAAUUCCUUUUAUUGGAAAAGCAGACGUAAUAAUAAAUUAAAUAAGUAAGAAAUAUUCCCCACUACAUUGCUGCUCUUAAAUUGGCUAUUCCAGAAUCGAAAAAGAUUAAAAUCCCCAAAUAAGGAGAAUAAGGUUAUUCUCGCAUAUAACACAUUAUGCCUUAGUUCGUUCCUGCCAAUUAUACGAUUUAGCAAUAAAACUAGGGAAUCCUAUAGGUCAAACUAGAUGCCUCUUAAUGUAAUAGAAUAAGGUUAAAAAUUUAAUAUUUUUGAGCACCGCGAAAUUUUGUCAAUGAUAAUAGUAAUUAAAUUAAUGAAUUUUGUCAGCAAUAAACCUCUUAGAAUAAGAUUAUAUUAGAUUAAUUUAGAUUUUUUGUACAUAUCACAUAAAUAUUGUCCUCCAUCAUAAAAAUAACAUUUUUUGAAUGAAUCGCUAAAAAUGAUGGUUGUCACAUAUGUAUAGAUGGUAAAAAAUGGAAAGUCUUCCAAAAUAAAAUGUUUAGCAGUAAUUCAUGAAUCUUACUCCGAAAUAUUUCUAUAAAAUACUUAAAACAUUAAAAUUAGUGUACUUAGCAAUCAUUCACACAUUUCCAUGUGUCUAUGUCUGUAUCAAAGGAUAAAUAACUUUGAAAUAGUUGUUUAGCUUCACAUUGCAUUGGUGGUAAAGUGGUCUUAACAUAAUGACGGUUGUCAAUUAUUUCUGUAAGUCACAAGGCUGUGUGUGCAAUAAAUUGGAUUAAGUUUACGGUUUUUAGAUGCCUUUUAAAUAAAUAUUUUUAAGUCUAA